GAGCCAGGACUCUGGGAGGGCCGUGGGUCUUGUACUUAGAGCAGGAAGCUGGAGCCAGGACUCCGGGGGCUGGCGCCCGUCGCUGACUCUGGGAUGACAUACUUAGUGGUAAGAAAAUACCUUGGGGUUUGUUGGGUUUGGAGAGGGGGCACAAUGGGGGAUUUGGGAGCCGCCUGGUGUCCCCCGCCCCACAAGUGUCGCUCUCUGUGGGGAGCCACAGGGAGUUGAGGAGCUGAUGCGAUCCCUGGGUCCCGCUGCCCCCCCACCCCGGUAUCGCUUCUGCUUUCGUGGGGAGGCAGCGAUUUCGCAGUAACCGGCCUCGGGCCGCGAUGACAUCGUGCUCAGCCGGGGCUGAAGCUGACACCAUCCCUCGGGGGUGCUACCUGCCAUCCCAGGGGAAAACCCACCUGCCUUGUUGAGUCACCUGCAGCCCAUAAAUACAGCCAGGCCCAGCCCAGUGCCCCACACACCAACCCACGGGGACAAGCGACAUGCAGCGCCUCAGGAGCCACUGGCCGAGCGCCCUCCUUUGCUUCCUGGGGCUGCUGGCUGCGUCCCGGGAGAGGGCCCUGCCGGGGGCACCCGGCCCCGACUGGCAGCUCUGCAAGCAUUUCUCCAGCCAGGUCAACAAGCUGGCCUGGGACCUCGAGGGCCACAUGAGCUCGAUGAACCUGGUGGAGGAGAAGCCCAGUGAGGACCUGACCCCCCAGAUCCGCUGCAGCGACAACUGCGACCCCAACAAGCUGGGCUCUGACCAGAGCUGCCUGCGCCGGAUCCGCGAGGCCCUGCAGCAUUACCGGGCGCUGCUGGGCUCCGACGUCUUUGCCGAGGUGGGGGGCCCGGACCCCAGCCCCGUGGCCACACUACAGGGCGCCCUGGCCCAGCUGACCAGCCUUGUCCAGGACGGCAGCUUCGCCGAGGGGUCGGCGGCCCCCCCGCAGCAGAGCCAGCCCUGGGAACGGCCCCUGCUCCGGCGCCGCAUCCUCCACCAGCUCCGCUCCUUCUCGGCCGUGAUGGCGCGGGUCUUUGCCCACAGCGCGGCCACCCGCUAGGCCGGGGGGAGCAUUUCUCCAGGAGCGCCGGAGCCCAGUCCAGCCCAGCGAAGGGAACCCAGCGCCGGGCUGAGCUCCGCCCGCUUCUGGACUCUGUUUAUCGUAUA